CAAUGAACUGGAGUGGGGUAGAAUACUUGUCAAUAGACUUGAUGUGCGACUCUAUGGGCGAAGAUAGGUUAUUUUUCAUCUCACUCGGGAGUAUUUAAAAUAACCAUUUCCUAUUUCACAUUGUUAUUGUCUGAUCCACCAGCUUGUGGAUUGAACAAUAACAAUGUGAAACAGAAAAUGGUUAUUAUAAAUAGUCCCGAGUGAGAUGAAAAAUAAAAAUGGCUGCGCCCAUAGAGUCGCACCUAGUUCUAAUAGUACAACAUGUACAUUGGCAUUCUACCCCCCUCCAGUUCAUUGGUCGCAUCUCAAGCCUAUUGACAAGCAUUCUACCCCACUCCAGUUCAUUGUUUAAAACCAAUUUUCAGCCUUUAGAUAUUUAAAAAAUAAUAAUUGCUUACAUUUUUACUUCAAGGCAUAAGUUUAUGUUUAUUUUGAAAAAUAUGGACGAUCAAUCUAUGUAACUGUCUAUAUCAUUGACCUUAUCAAAUCACCAGGCCUACAUGGUUGCCAUAUCAUAACCUGUCAAAACCCACUAGUAGCCAUUCCGUUUGGAAUGCCUAAUAUUUAGGUCCGUAAUUUGCCGCGUUUGAGAAUCCAUAUCGAACGCAUUUUUUACAUCUGGAGCGUUUUUUUAUCCACAUCAGGAAUAAGGAGGAAGUAAACUAGGUAAAUAAAGGUGGUGUAAAUUACACUGGUGGACCCUGCACCAACAGCGAACGAAAGAACCUAUCAAAACGUGCGUCAAUGUCAGUCUACAAAAAAAGUGGGAGUGGUAAAAAAUUAUAUACCAGCCCUGGUAAAAACAUAUUUUUCUUAAAUUUAUAGAAAAACGAGUUAUGAAAAUGGUUCUUGUACGUCCAGAGGAAAAUUUAAUAUCAAAUGAAGCCGAUAGCCAAAAUGCAACAGUUAGGGUCAAAACUCCAAAGAGAAUUUUACAUUUUAGCGAUGGUAUACUAGAAGAAUACAGCACAGAUGAAGAGGACAAUGUCGAUAAUAGCAAAAAUAAUCAAGAAAUUGUCAACACGAAUAAUAUGACUUGGGGGCCCUGGUUUAUGUAUAAAGCUUGGUCUGCAGGCUCCUCCACUUUAUCAGUAAUGGAUACUAUGGGGGAAUUUUUAGCCUCUGUUUUUGGUAUCACAACCCCAAGAUAUUAUUUUGAAAUCGAAGAAUAUAAACGAAGAGAAGAGCAAAAAUUAAGACAGCAAGAGAGAGAAGGUGGAUGGUCCCAGACUUCAAAUACAACAGUUUCAGUACCUCUAAAAGAAAUGACUAAAGGAGCUCAACCUAUUGAUGUAUAAAUUUCAGAAUGUAAAAAACAAAUUUAUGGCUGUUUACUUCAACCCUCAAAACUUUUUUUUAUAAAAAAAAAUCUUUGAGACACAUCUGGCUACAAUUCAUUGUUUUUUAUAAUGUUGUGUUCAUUUUUAAUAGUACAAUAAUUGCUUUAAAAUUUAAAACUUUUGCUACGUUUUUUAUUUUAACAAAAUAACACUUAUUUAGAUAUAUUGAUAAAAUAAUUUGAACCAUAAAUACUUAUUUAAUGGCUUUAAUUUUAUAACUAUCUUAAUUUGCAAUAAUGUGGUUCUAUUUUAAAAAGACCCUUUAGAAUUAAAAAUAAAUAUUUAAUAUCUAUUUAAUUUCUUUAUAAAAAGGGAAUAAAAUUACUGGCUCUACAAUUUUUUAUGACAAUAACCAAGUAUAUGAAAAAAUGUCAUUACAUUCAACAUGUUAAAUCAGUGCCUUUUUUAUUUUUUGUACUUUUUUUAAAUAUGCUCACAAGUAUGUUAUUCCCCUGCAAUUAUUUUAGUAUUUAUAUAUUUAGGUAAAUAUAGAUGCUAAUAAAAAUUUUACAGUUAAUUGAAUAUGAAAAUUAUAAUAUAUGAAGCUACUUUUUGAUUAAGUAAUUUGCCUUCAAUUGGUAUGUGAUAUGGUUUUGAAAUAUUUUUUAAUGUUUGAUAUUCUUGGGUUGUAGGUGUUAUUCUGUGUUUUUAAAUACAACUACAUUUUUGUUGUUUUUUAAAGCAUAAUUUAUUUUUUACUACUUCAAUAAAAAUUCAAAGGAAAUGUUCUUUGUCCUGAUGUCUGAAUAAAAAUGUUGAUACAUGCCAUGAUACCUAAUAUUAAUAAAAAAAGAAAUAAUAAAAUGGUGCUAAAGAGCCAAAAGUUUUACAAAUUAACAAAACUGUAGUUUUAUUAAUAAAAAGAACCCAAUAAUAUCAAAAACUAAAAUUUACAAAAUAAGGUGUAAGAACCUAAACAUUUAUGGAAUAAUCCAAGGAUUGAAAUGUUAUUGUAGUCAUACUAUUGCAAUUGAGAUUACUUUUUUAAGUUUUAACAAAUUCUACCCUAUAAGGUAUUCUGUAAUCAAUUUUAUAGCUAGUCUGAUAUUUGAUAUUACAGUUAAAUUUGUAAUAUUUAUACAUCAAUGUUGAUGAUUAAAACUAGUACACUUGAUAUUAAUUUUUUUUUCAUUAUUCUUGGAAAACAACAAUAUAUUUCACUCUCUGAAUUUACUACUAAAAAUGAUUUACAAUGAAAUUAAGUUAAUAUUCAUUAUAAAACUUUGCAGAAAAUUCAACUUCCAAUUGUGUGACCUUAGUUCCUUAAACAUCUUUCCUUAAUUUUUGAGCAGAUAUAUUUUUAUUCUAUGUAUGUUAGAAAUCUCUUUGUAUAAACGCUAGUAAGUGGAGCAUUGUGCUUUCAUACAAAAAACUCAGAAUUUAACUAGAGAUAUUUUACAAUAUUGUUAAAUGAUUGAGUAACUGGUUUUCAUAUAUAAACUCGAAUUUUCAUCAGUUUUUAUAAAAUGCAAGUUACCUUUAAACAUCUGUACCUAUACCUAUUAUAACCUCUGUAAAAAAGCUCAUUUCUUAAAAGAAAACUACAUAUAUACCUAUAUAUGCAAAAAGCUAUUGCAGUGUUUGGAAAUAUAAAAAUAUUCUAUUUUAUAUAACUGUGGCUUUAUCGAGUUGUACAAAUGUACUUUUGUUGAUUAUAUAAUGGUAUUAGCAAUGUUUGCACUAAAUACCUCUUAAAAAUGCUAUUUAUAAUAUAUACAUAUAGUAUGUGUGAAGUUAUUAAAUGUUAUUUCAGA